GGAGGGGGGCACACGGAUCCUACGCCGCACACGGAUCCCCCAGUCUUUAGGCAAGCGCGGCCCGAAGCAAGAUGCAGCUCCUCCUGGCUUCCGUGGCUCUUCUGUGCCCCUUCCAGGCCCUCGCGGAAUGCCCUCAGCCGCCCCCCUCCACUGCCUACACGUGGAUGGCCUGCGGAUCGAAAGCCGGAAAAGUGACUCGCGCCGAAAACUGGAUCGACGAUUUCGAGGACGACGGCGGCGGCCGCGAGCGUUCCGAGAACAGACCCGCCUGGGGUUACUAUGGCUACGGUUACUACGGCUACAGAGGCUACUACGGCUACGGCGGCUACUACCACGGGGGCUACGGCUACGGCCACAAGUUCCAGAACUCCUUCAUGCGUGCCUUCGAUUGGGUGAUGAACCUCGCGGGCAGCUUCUUCGGGUCCAACGCCAGGCGGCUCCAGGCCGUGAGCCACCAGGCGGAUGGCCCCGUCCCCGAGCUCGACGCGCUCGUCCUUGGGGCCGGGGGCCAGGGGGGGAGGAUGGCCGUGGAGAGGGGGGAGGCUCCGUUCAACGUCAUGCUUUACGUCUAUUGUCCGAGUGAGGGCUGGAGGACGUGCUCGGGGUCGGUCAUCAACGAGGGGAACGUGCUCACUGCGGCUCAUUGUCUCACCGAUGCGGCGGGAGAGUGCACGGGCGGGUACGUCAUCUCCGGGCGGUCGCGCGACGGCUCGGGCGAGACGAAGCGAUUUGGCUUUUCAGGUCGGCCGGGCGACGGGAACGACAUCGGGAUCGUCUAUCCGGAGCAAGCACUCACCUUGGGCGACUACCUGCAGCCGGUUUGCAUCCCGGACGUCGACAGCGCCGCCAUCGACGAGUGCAGUAAUAGCGUCUACAGCUGGGAAUCUUCUUCCAGUCCCGAUCCCGUGCUGACGGCGACGGACGUGAAGGUGGAUGGCACUUGCUCCAGGAUCGCAGGGCUGCUGGAUCCGAGGCUCUGCGUUCAAGACGUUCAGGGAGGGCGACAGAUGUGCCAAGGCGGGGGCGGCGAUCCCCUUGUGACGGCCUACGAUGGGAAGUACUACCAGACGGGGAUCGCAUCCUCCUGCGGGGACGAGCGCGCCCCCUUCACGCGCGUCUCCAGGCACGCCGACUGGAUCAAGGCCAACCUCAAAUGAGGCCGAGAUGCAGCGAAGUCCGGAUGGAAGCACUCGGACGACGCCUUCAUUCUUCAGCUGCACCUUUUUUUUUCAUCAUUUUUCAUUCCUCCAGAAGGGGUUCAUUUUGUCGUGUCUUGUGCUUUGUUCGAGACGGAGCCUGGCUCUCGUUCCUUCGUGUCUCCCGUCCAUCACCUUACCUUUCGCGGUUUCAAAAUGUCACCGUUUUUUUCGAUGUGCCCAAAACAAAGAAUUUAACACAAUUUUACAAAAAAAGUAUCGGAUGGCUUGUCCCGUGGGCCCCCCCCCCCCCCCC